GUGGGAGCCGCCGCUGCUGGAAUAUGACGGGAACAGGAAGUGAACGUCACUGACACAGGAAUGGGACUGAAAAAAGAAAACACCGUCAGGAUGAGGAGAAUGUCAAACCCCUCGGUGUAGGAAAAGAAACCCCGGCUUCAGCUCAGGAGAAGGAUGAACUGCUGCGUCCGAGCUGGAUUUGAGCCAUCAGGAAGGGUACCGGCGCGUUGCUAAAUGGAGUCGGAGCAGCUGUACCACAGAGGCUACUGCAGGAACAGCUACAACAGCAUCGCCAGUGCCAGCAGCGACGAGGAGCUGCUGGAUGGAGCCGGCGUCAUCAUGGACUUCCACACCACUGAGGACGACAAUCUGCUGGAUGGGGACGCUGCCUCUCCAGGAUCUAACUACGCCAUGUCGAACGGGGGCGGGGCUCCCAGUAGCUCCACCCACCUGCUGGACUUCCUAGAGGAGCCCAUCCCCGGUGUGGGGACUUAUGACGACUUCCACACCAUCGACUGGGUCCGUGAGAAGUGCAAGGACCGCGAGAGACACCGGAAGAUCAAUAGUAAGAAAAAGGAGUCAGCAUGGGAGUUCACCAAGAGCCUGUACGAUGCUUGGUCCGGCUGGCUGGUGGUGACGCUCACUGGCUUGGCGUCAGGUGCUUUGGCUGGCCUGAUUGACAUUGCUGCUGAUUGGAUGAACGACCUGAAGGAGGGCGUGUGUCUGAGCGCCUUGUGGUUCAACCACGAGCAGUGCUGCUGGACGUCCAAUGAGACCACCUUUGCUGAGAGGGACAAGUGUCCUCAGUGGAAGAGCUGGGCUGAGCUAAUACUGGGGCAGGCUGAGGGUCCCGGCUCAUACAUCAUGAACUAUUUCAUGUACAUCUACUGGGCUCUGUCCUUCGCCUUCCUGGCCGUAUGUCUGGUUAAAGUGUUCGCUCCGUACGCCUGCGGCUCGGGGAUCCCUGAGAUCAAAACCAUCCUGAGUGGGUUCAUCAUUCGGGGCUAUCUGGGCAAGUGGACCUUGAUGAUCAAGACCAUCACUCUGGUGCUGGCUGUGGCAUCGGGCCUGAGCCUGGGGAAAGAGGGCCCCCUGGUCCACGUGGCUUGCUGCUGUGGGAACAUCUUCUCCUACCUCUUCCCCAAGUACAGCAAGAACGAGGCCAAGAAACGAGAGGUUCUCUCUGCUGCGUCAGCUGCUGGGGUAUCUGUUGCUUUUGGAGCACCAAUCGGGGGAGUCCUCUUCAGUCUGGAGGAGGUGAGCUACUAUUUCCCUCUAAAGACGCUGUGGCGCUCAUUCUUUGCCGCCCUGGUGGCGGCCUUCGUGCUGCGCUCCAUUAACCCGUUUGGGAACAGUCGCCUGGUGCUCUUCUACGUGGAGUACCACACGCCGUGGUACCUGUUUGAGCUCAUCCCUUUCAUCCUGCUGGGAGUGUUCGGGGGUCUCUGGGGCGCCUUCUUCAUCAAAGCCAAUAUCGCCUGGUGUCGGCGGCGGAAGUCGACACGUUUCGGCAGGUAUCCAGUGUUGGAGGUGAUCUUAGUGGCAGCCAUCACUGCAGUGGUUGCUUUCCCAAACCCCUACACGCGGAAGAACACCAGCGAGCUGAUAAAGGAGCUGUUCACUGACUGCGGCCCACUGGAGUCCUCGCAGCUCUGCGAGUACCGCAGCCAGAUGAACGGCAGCAAAGCCUUCACUGACAACCCCAACCGGCCGGCGGGGCCCGGCGUCUACUCUGCCAUGUGGCAGCUCUGCCUGGCACUCAUCUUUAAAAUCAUCAUGACUAUAUUCACAUUUGGACUCAAGGUACCAUCAGGCUUGUUCAUCCCCAGCAUGGCCAUUGGGGCGAUCGCAGGGCGGAUUGUUGGCAUCGCCAUGGAACAGCUCGCCUAUUACCACCAUGACUGGUUCCUGUUCAAAGAGUGGUGUGAGGUGGGAGCCGACUGCAUCACUCCAGGCCUCUACGCCAUGGUGGGAGCUGCAGCUUGUCUGGGUGGAGUGACUCGUAUGACUGUCUCCCUUGUCAUCAUCGUGUUCGAGCUGACCGGUGGGCUGGAGUACAUCGUCCCCCUCAUGGCUGCUGUGAUGACCAGCAAAUGGGUGGGGGACGCAUUUGGUCGAGAGGGAAUCUACGAGGCCCACAUCCGUUUGAACGGAUACCCCUUCCUGGAUUCCAAGGAGGAAUUCACGCACACCACACUGGCCAGAGAGGUGAUGAGGCCUCGACGCAACGACCCCCCGCUGGCAGUGCUCACGCAGGACGACCUGACUGUGGAGGAGCUGCAGGGCAUUAUCAAUGAAACCAGUUAUAAUGGUUUCCCUGUGAUCGUGUCUAAGGAGUCCCAGAGGCUGGUGGGCUUUGCUCUGCGCAGAGACAUCACCAUCGCUAUAGAAAACGCCCGCCGCAAGCAGGAGGGCAUCAUGUUGAACUCCAGGGUGUACUUCACCCAGCAUGCACCCACGCUUCCUGCCGACAGCCCUCGACCGCUCAAGCUGCGCUCCAUCCUGGACAUGAGCCCCUUCACCGUCACUGACCACACCCCCAUGGAGAUCGUGGUGGACAUCUUCAGAAAGCUGGGUCUGCGCCAGUGCCUGGUCACUCACAACGGGAUUGUGUUGGGCAUCAUCACAAAGAAGAAUAUAUUAGAGCAUCUGGAGGAGCUCAAGCAGCACACGCCACCCCUGGCGGCUUCUUGGUAUUAUCACAAAAAAAGAUAUCCUUCGUCACAUGGCUCAAAUGGCAAAUCAAGACCCAGAGUCCAUCAUGUUCAACUGAUUCGCUCCUUCCAGGAUGGCUGGGGUGGAGGGGGUGGCGGGGAAGAAGAGGAAGAGGAGGAGGAAGAGGAAGAGGUGUGCCUCCUGAAAGGCUCCACUCUCUGACAUUCAGACACCGUUUCUUUCUUGUUUGUUUUUAUUUUUUUGGCCGUGUAGACCAUGAACCUCACUGACUCUGGCCUCCAGAGACUUUAAGGCCACGAGAGGGAAAAGACAGUGACACAGAACUUUAUUAUCAUCGUCUGGCUGCUGAGAACACGACGAGGUUGUGUUUCGAAGGCACGCACACACACGAGGAAUGCACUUUUUACACACACACUUUUGCACUCAGACACCUCAGACAUGCAUGCUGUCCACACACAUACACACCAACAAACACGAGACUCCCUAACCUGUACAGCUACGCCCGUUUGCACUCUAUCUGUGCCUCACCCCUUUUGUCACCCCCCCCCCCUCGUGGUGGAUGUCGCCUGGCUGGGGUCAAAGGUCAGAAUGAACCGCCAACGAGGGACGCGAUGAGGGACCUUGAAACCUCCAGGCUUCUGUUUAAACAACUCACUUUCCUCACCUCUGCACACACCUGAGCUGUCCGUCCUGCAGAACAAUACCUUGUUUACCUGUGAAGUGUGUGUGUGUGUGCGCGUGUGUGUGUGUCCCCCCUUAGCACCACUACAUUCCAGUCAGGUUACCAUGGGAGCCGAAGGGACGUGCUUCUGCUUCUUGCCCCCAAAACACGGCAGCCUCUUGUAAUUGCAUCAUGGCACACGGCUGCUUCCCUGGGUCAUGUGAAAAUGAAGGAGUGUGUGUGUGUGUGUGUGUGUGUGUGUGUGUGUGUGUGUGUGUGUGAGAGUGUGAGAGGGAGAGAGAGAGAGAGAGCGAGGGAGGUCUGGAGACAAAGACGGUACUAUAUUUCAAGAACAAACAUGUUCUCUUUGAGGAGGUAAGCAGUAAAGACCUCUGUGAGUGUGUAUCCAUUUCUGAGCCAGUUUGAGCUGUGUGUGUGUGUGUGUGUGUGUGUGUGUGUGUGUGUGUGUGUGUGUGUGUGUGUGUGUGUGUGUGUGUGUCAUCCACCGAGUCAGUGUGAAGGUGGGUUGUGUAUGUAAAUGAGGAGGAAAAAAAAAAAAAGGAAAAGUUGAGUUUUGCAGAGUCACUGUUUUCUUGCUGCCACCUUUAAACUAUUGAUCUCCAAUCAGUUCCAGACGUCUGCUCUAAAGUGAUCAAUAACAUCAUAUGUCUGGAUGCAUCUCCUCACAGAGCGACCAGCUGACCUCCUCCUCUAAUGUUUCAAAUAAAUACAAGCUGAUGGUCUCCUCUCUGAGCCCCCACAGGUGGUGUUUAACAUGCCAAACUCAUUUACACAACAAAGACUGUUUUAAAGCUGGUCUCAAGAGAUUUGAUCUGAUGGACACCCUUUGAUCUUUGAUUGAUCCUGUUGCUCCACAGAUGAUAGCAUUUGGUUUAAACCUCCAGUUUUAGUCAGUUUGUCUUUAAAUAAAUGUUUUGUCCAAACAUUUUGAGUGUGUGAAGCUGUAAAUCCUCACAUUUUAAAAGAUGAGACCAGCAGAGGUUCAUUAAACAUUUAACUGUUGGAGUUUAAGAGCUUUUCAUAUCGAGUUUGUAUGAACCGCACACAUCCUCCAGCUCCAAUUCAAAGCUGCCGUCUCCUUAAAUCAGCGUGCAUUUGUUGGGUCCAGCAUAAAAGCAUUUUCAUGUCAUUAACCACUCAGAGGACCUCAGAUGAAGCUCUGCUCUGGCCCCUGUUGUGUUCAAGGUUGAAAAUUGAAACGAACAAAAGUCUUCAGAACAUCUGGCUGCAUCUGCCCUCUGCUUUCAUUCAGCCGGUUUCUUGUUGGCACAUUUAUUCUUUUUCUUUUCUUGCAAUGUCUGCCAAGUGCCUGGCAGAAGUGGAGGUUAUUUUUUAGGCUUUUCAAACCCCGAUCUCUCUGCUCCUUCAAAACGUUUCCCACUUUUUUUAAUCAAACUACAUCAAAUGAUGAAGGGAAGUGAAGCGAUGGUGAGGAGGACCUUACCUGCAGGGCGUCAGCAGAGGUGUGUGUGGUGUCCUGGUGUCCUUGUGUCCGUCUUUGCGUUGCAGUGGUUGUCCUGCUGUGGUUCGACAGGAAGCGGCAGACUUUCUGUUAACCUGUGGUGUUGCCUAACGUGUUUCAUACUGAUCUCAAUGAUUUUCCUUUUUUUUUUUUUUUUAUUUUUUGGGUAGUGUGGAUAGAGUUGUGCAUUACUAUAAUGAAGAAUUUUAUGUAUGAUUACAAAUGUUUCAUUGUAAAUUUAAAAUGAAAACUGUAAAGAUUAAAGUUUGUUUUAAAUUAAAAGAAUCAAGAUGCA